GCUCAGGGGGGCCACGUAGCCCGGGCUCUGCUAGAAGAUGGGACCUUCAGGGUCCGUGCGGUGACGCGGAACCCCGUGAAGAAGCAGGCCAAGGAGCUAAAGCAGAGGGGAGCUGAGGUCGUGAAGGCGGAUCAGGAUGAUGAGCCGUCACUGGAGCUGGCCUUGGCGGGUGCUUAUGGAGCCUUUGUUGUAACCAACUUCUGGGAGCACUGCAGCAAAGAGAAAGAAAUUGCGCAGGGAAAGCGACUUGCUGACCUGUCAAAGCGCCUCGGUCUGCGCCACGUCGUGUACAGCGGCCUGGAGAACGUGAAGCAGCUGACGGGGGGCCGGCUGGAGGUGCUCCACUUUGACGGCAAGGGUGUGGUGGAGGAGUACUUCCAGAAAGUUGGUGUUCCCACCACGACCAUCCGACUGCCGUUCUACUUUGAGAACUUCCUCUCCAUCUUCAAGCCAGAGAAGGUCCCACAGGGAGAUACCUUUGUCCUGGCGCUGCCCCUGUUGGACACCCCCAUGGAUGGGAUGGCGGUGGAGGACGUUGGGCCUGUUGUGCUUUCCCUGCUGAAGUCCCCGGAGGAGUACAUAGGCCAAGUGAUCGGGCUCAGCACUGGCAAGCUCACCGAGGCAGAGUAUGCCGCUGUCAUCUCCCAGCAGACGGGCAAGACUGUGGAAGCCAGCAAGAUCUCACCAGAGGAGUAUGAGAAACGUGGCUUCCCCGGGGCCGAGGAAAUGGCCGCUAUGUUCCGUUUCUAUGCCCUGAAGCCAGACCGCAACGUGGACCUGACCAUGAAACUCAACCCCAAGGCCCGCACCUUCCAUCAGUGGGUGGCAGACAAUAAGGCCGCCUUCUGA